AUGGCAGAGCUGCAGCAGCUCCGCGUGCAGGAGGCAGGGGACUCCCUGGUGAAGAGCCUGGAGAGGGAGAACAUCCGGAAGAUGCAGGGUGCCAUGUUCCGAUGCAGCGCCAGCUGCUGUGAGGACAGCCUGGCCUCCGUGCAGCAAGUGCCCCAGUGCAUUGAGCGCUGCCACACGCCGCUGGCGCAAGCCCAGGCCCCGGUGACCAGCAAACUGGAGAGGUUCCAGGACCGCCUGGCCCGGUGUGGCAUGCACUGCAACGACAAAGCCCAAGACCCAGUGGCUGCCGGGAGUAAAGAGCUGCAGGUGAAGCAGCAGCCGGAGAGCUGUGUGACCAAAUGUGUGGAUGCCCACAUGCACCUCAUCCCGCCCGUGACCAAGAAGACGAAGGAGUCUCUCUCUUCCAUCGCAAGAUAA